AUGGCUGAGUUUCUGGUUGCCAAAGUCGUCUUUCAGCUUACCAACCUUCUCGUACAAGAAGCUGCUUUUUUGCGUGGGGUGAGAGAUCAGGUCGAAUGGGUGAAAACACAGCUGCAGCUAUUGCAAGUUUUCCUCAAAGAUGCCGAGUCCAGGAGGAGGAGGGGAGACGAAAGAGUGGAGAUCUGGAUAAGGCAGAUGAGCGGUGUAGCAUAUGAAAUAGAAGACGUCAUAGGCACCAUCAAGUACAUGGGCGAGAGGCGACACCAAAGGAGAGGCUUCAUGGGCACCAUGUCAAGGUACUCUCACAAACCUCGUGAAUUGAUUACCCUACAUGAAAUUGGUGGUAAACUUGAAAAAAUAAAGGAAAAGAUCCGUGGUUUCUCUGAGAGCAGAGCCACAUAUGGCAUUGCUAAUCUAGGUAAAAGUAGUGCAGUGGAUCAAAGUGGGCAAUCACUCAGAGAAUCCUCUCCUCACUCUGAUGAUGAUGACAUUGAUGUUAUAGGCUUCGAGAAUGAUAAGAAAGAAUUAAUGUGUCGAUUGCUUGAUCGGAAUGAGAAAGCACGAUGUGUAAUUUCUAUAGUGGGUAUGGGUGGGCUAGGCAAGACCACCCUGGCAAGUAAAGUGUACAAUGACCCUGCAAUUAAAGAACAUUUUGAUACUUCUGCUUGGGUUUCAGUUUCUCAGAGCUACCGAGUUAUCGAGCUAGCGAAGGACGUCAUGAAAAAAGUAAUGGGAAUAAAAAAGAAGAAAGAAACAACUACAGGAAUUACUGAAGAAGACUUAGAGCAGAUGGGUGAAGAAGAAGUGAGAGAGAAGCUCCGUGAUUUCCUAAGAGACAGAAAGUAUUUGGUUGUGAUGGAUGAUGUAUGGAGUGUUGACGUUUGGGGACAAAUGUAUCCAUUCUUUCCUAAUGGAAACAACGGCAGCAGAAUACUGCUUACUACCCGUGAGAUGGAAGUUGCAAACCGUGCCAGGUCAAGCUUUCCUCCAUAUAAACUGCACACUCUGGAUGGCACACAGAGUUUGGAACUCUUGUGUAGGAAGGCAUUUCCACUAAAACAAGAUGUCCCCGCUGAUAUGAAGGAAUUGGCCAAGAGACUUGCAAAGAGGUGCGGUGGACUUCCUCUUGCACUGGUGGCGUUAGGGGGCCUUCUGUCAGGAAAAGAUUCUACCUAUGAUGCAUGGUGGAGUGUAGCUCAGAGCAUGAAUUGGGAAGAUGGUCCAGAUGGAAAGAAGUGCUUCAAUAUAUUGGGCUUAAGUUACAAUGACUUGCCGUAUCUGUUAAAACCAUGUUUUCUAUACAUCGCUGCGUUUCCAGAGGACUCCAUUAUCUCUGCUUCCAAAUUAGUGAGGUUGUGGGUCGCCGAAGGUUUCAUACCGGAGGAGCAGAGAAGGACAAUGGAAGAAACUGCUAGAGUUUGGUUGGAUAAUUUGGUCCAGAGGUGCAUGAUCCAGGUUGUCGAGAGAAGCAAGGCUGGCGGGCAGGUUAAGAGCAUACGCAUCCAUGAUCUGUUACGGGAAUUUGGCCAAUCGGAAGCCAGAAGGGAUGGAUUUCUUCAAAUUUGCAGCAGUGACAACAUGGCAGUAUCUAUAUGGAGUCAUCGUGCGGCUUUCCACAAUCGUAUAAAUGACGAGGUUGCUGUUUCCUCACCACAUCUCCGCACUCUGCUGGGCUUCAAUUUGAUUUUGACUAAUGGGAGAAGAUUUUUGAAUGGGUUAAACUUAUUAAGGGUGCUGGAUCUCGAGGGCACAAGAGAUCUUAAGGAGUUACCGAAACAGAUCGGCAGCAUGAUUCAUCUACGAUAUCUGGGAUUGAGAAACACUAGUUUGAAGAGACUGCCAUCCUCCAUCCGACAUCUCCUGAAUCUGCAGACUCUGGAUGUGAGUGGUACAUACAUUUAUUGGCUUCCGAAAUCAUUUUGGAAAAUCCGGACACUGAGGCACGUAUAUAUUAAUCUAUACAUGUUUCUAAGCGCACCGAUAGGUGGUGAUCACAAAAACUUGCAGACUCUGCAAAUCGAGGAGUCUGAAUUUGGUCUGGAUGCUAUGGAUAUUGUCCAUUUACGAGGCAUAAGAUUCAUCAAAAAAUUGGUUACUACACCAAGCUUUACUAUGGAGGAGAUUCACAAAGCAGUUGAUAGAAUGUUUGAGGAGUCACUCGAAAAAGCACUCAAGCAAAUGGACAACCUCGUCUCGUUGUCUCUGAUUUUGCUCGAACGUAUAAUCCCUGGGGAUGUCCUUUUUGCUCAGACACCAAACCUGUACCAGCUCCGUUCAUUGACAUUAUGGGGACGGUUGUCACUCAAACAACAGCAGCAGUGCCCAGAUAGCAGUCAAUUCCCGCCAAACCUCACCAAGCUCGUAUUAAUUCAUUCUGAAUUCGAGCAAGACCCAAUGCCGGUGCUGGACAAGCUACCAAACCUCAGGCUUCUUCAACUAAAUGCGUAUGCAUACAAAGGGAAGAGCAUGUCAUGUUCUUCUACUAGAGGCUUUCCUCAACUACAACAAUUGGUAUUAUUUGGUGUCCAUAGUUUAGAGGAAUGGAGAGUGAAGGCUGGGGCGAUGCCUAGCCUAACCCACUUAACUAUCGCAAAAUGCGAGAAGUUGAAGAUGCUUCCUGAGGGAUUGCAGCACGUGACCACACUUCGAGAACUGGACCUGAGAGAUAUGUCCUAUGAGUUCAACAAAAGGGUCAGAAAUGAGGAUGCGUACAAGGUCCGACACAUCCCCUCCAUUCAUUUUGACUUGCCGAACGAAAUUGAAUUCAUGUAA